AUGAUUGCAUCUAUGGAAGUUUUUGAUCACAAGAAAACCUUCGUUCAAACAAUCAUUGAUAACUGCAAACUAUUUGGAAAUAGGACAGCGUUCAUAGAUGCAAAUUCAGGAGAAUCUAUUUCGUUUAAUGAUCUUCUAAGAAAAUCAAUAAAAUUAUCCAAAGUCCUCACAGAAAUGGAUUUUAAAAAGGACGAUAUUGCAGCAAUAUGUAUGGACAAUAACAUACAUUAUCCCAUUAUUUUCAUGGCCUGUCUAUUCAAUGGGAUUGCGCUGCAUUGCAUCAACCCCAAAAGCACAAUUUUUGAAUUUGAACGAUUCCUUGGUAUGAGCAAACCUAUGGUAAUAUUCACUUACGAUUUCACGUAUCCUAUAAUAUCGUUAAUCAAAGAAAAGUUCAAUCUAAUCCACAUCAUUAUUAACUCUACCAAUAUUGUCAAUUGUGUCAAUUUGAAAGAGAUUUUUAAUGCUGAAGAAGAGUUUAUAGAUUUUUCUCCUGUUACGAUUGAACCUAAAGAACAGGUAGCUCUUAUUAUGAAUUCAUCUGGAACCACGGGAACUUCGAAAGCCGUCGAGAUGACUCACGAAAAUUUGACAAAUUUGAUUAAUUUUUAUGGUAUACCAAGGUUCAUAUCCUGCGAUGUGGAUGACGUCAGCAUCGCUGUUUGCCCUUUUUACCAUCUGUACGGAAUCAUUAUUUUUGUGAACACUCUCUUAACUGGUAUUGUCAACGUUGUGAUGACCAAAUUCAAGAAAGAUACUUACUUGAAACUGAUUGAAUCUUAUAAAGCUACAGUUUUAUUUAUCGUUCCGCCUAUUGCUACGCUCUUGGUCAAAAGUUCAAUCACCGACAAUUACAAUCUAAGCAGUGUUAAAGCAGUUUUCUCAUGCGCAGCGCCUUUAGCAGGCGAUGUUCAAGAUACUCUGAAUAAGAAAUUGAACGUGACUAUUCAACAGCUUUAUGGUAUGACCGAGAUGUCAGGAGUGGUAACUGCAUUUCCAAAUGAUACUUCUGGACAUAAAAAAGCAGGAUGCGUUGGCAUCUUAAUUCCUGGUUUAUUGGGGAUGGUGAAAGAUUUAAACGGGAACACGGCUUUGGGUCCCAAUCAACCUGGAGAGUUGUGUUUUAAAGGGAAGUUUAUUAUGAAGGGAUACCUUAAUAAUUCUGCUGCAACUUCAAUGAUGUUCAACGAUAAUAGUUUCCUUAUGACUGGGGAUUUGGGAUACUACGAUGAAGAUGGUUACUUUUACGUCAUCGAUCGGCUGAAGGAGCUGAUCAAACAUAAAGGUUUUCAGGUGGCUCCAGCUGAACUGGAAGAUAUUAUAAACUCACAUCCGGGUGUUUCCGAUUGUGCUGUUGUUGGAAAACCAGAUGAAAUUGCUGGAGAAUUACCUAUAGCCUUCGUUGUAAAGCAACUUAACUGCGAUGUUAGUGAGCAGGAUAUCAAAGAUCACGUUGCAUUACAUGUUUCAAACGAAAAACAGAUCCAUGGCGGAGUAAGAUUCUUAGAAGAAAUCCCAAAAACUGAAUCUGGUAAAAUUCUACGAAAAAACCUAAGGUUAUUGGUUUCUUAA